GUGGCCGGGGCUUCCCUCCCCCGGCGGGAGGCAGGCUUGCCCUGCAUCUGUGGCCGUGGGAAGCCGAGGAGCAGGUAACGAAGGCGCUUCCCGAGGCGGGAUUGGACCAAACCAAGAAGGGACCGAGUCUUCUGGGUGUCUCUGCCUGAGGCCUUGGCGGGAGAGAAGGCCUUACUCUGCUCUAGAUCUACUCUUUAUGGGGAUGGACAAAAGAAGAAUUCUCAGGGCUUUGGCUGGGCACCAUCACAGGGCACUGACAGGGCAGAAAGCGCCCUUCUUUACCAGAGCUUCUUAGAGCCAGUCUGGAAGAGGGGCCACAACCCCCAGACCUCCAGAAAUGACGUCAGAAUCAUUUGCAUCCCGCUGCCUCUACCUGCCUGGUCCAGCUGGGACCCUGCCUCGCCUGCCCCAAGGCCAGAGGGUUGGUCCUCAUCCAACUUCCUCUUCCUGCGAAAGAGGGGCGCUGCCCGGUGACCUACACAAGCUGAAACAGGCUCGCCAUGAAUGGAAAGCGCUGGAAAAUCAUUGGAGCCAAGGCCCACCGGGCCCGCUGGAGGCCGGCGAGGAGAGACCCCUGGAUGGGGGCUGAAUCACAGUCUCAGGCCAGCACCCCUCCCACCUCCUCAUCCCAGUGCCCAGGCUUUUGGAGGGCAGCUGGGAGCUUCUCAUCUCCUUUUGCAGAGAAGGGUUGUCAGUCUGGUGGGGUGUGUACUGGUGGGUACCCCCAGCACCCCCUACCAGCUAUUCCCACCUCACACCCCCCCACCCCCACCCACAGCAACAGCAGCAGCACCACCACACACACAAAAAAUUGGAUACAUUUUGAAUAAAGCGAUUCGGUUCCUUAUCCGGGGACUGGGUUGCUCCGUGUGAUUGGCCGGCGGAGUCACAUGGUGAAAGUAACUUUACAGGGUCGCUAGCUAGUAGGAGGGCUUUAUGGAGCAGAAAAACGACAAAGCGAGAAAAAUUAUUUUCCACUCCAGAAAUUAAUGAUCAUGAGCUCGUAUUUGAUGGACUCUAACUACAUCGAUCCGAAAUUUCCUCCAUGCGAAGAAUAUUCGCAAAAUAGCUACAUCCCUGAACACAGUCCGGAAUAUUACGGCCGGACCAGGGAAUCGGGAUUCCAGCAUCACCAUCAGGAGCUGUACCCACCACCGCCUCCGCGCCCUAGCUACCCCGAGCGUCAAUAUAGCUGCACCAGUCUCCAGGGGCCGGGCAAUUCGCGAGGCCACGGGCCGGCCCAGGCGGGCCACCAUCACCCCGAGAAAUCGCAGCCGCUCUGCGAGCCGGCGCCCCUCUCAGGCGCCUCCGCCUCCCCUUCCCCAGCCCCGCCAGCCUGCAGCCAGCCAGCCCCCGACCAUCCCUCCAGCGCCGCCAGCAAGCAACCCAUAGUCUAUCCAUGGAUGAAAAAAAUUCACGUUAGCACGGUGAACCCCAAUUAUAACGGAGGGGAGCCCAAGCGCUCGAGGACAGCCUACACUCGGCAGCAAGUCCUGGAAUUAGAGAAAGAGUUUCAUUACAACCGCUACCUGACCCGAAGGAGAAGGAUCGAGAUCGCCCACUCGCUGUGCCUAUCUGAGAGGCAGAUCAAAAUCUGGUUCCAAAACCGUCGCAUGAAAUGGAAGAAGGACCACCGACUCCCCAACACCAAAGUCAGGUCAGCGCCCCCGGCGGGCGCUGCGCCCAGCACCCUCUCGGCAGCCACCCCGGGCACUUCUGAAGACCACUCCCAGAGCGCCACGCCGCCGGAGCAGCAACGGGCAGAGGAUAUUACCAGGUUAUAAAACAUAACUCACACCCCUGCCCCCACCCCAUGCCCCCAUCCUCCCCCCACACACAAAUUGACUCUUAUUUAUAGAAUUUAAUAUAUAAAUAUAUAUUUUUGGUUCUUUUUCUCUCUUCCUCCUGCCUCCUCCCUUGUUAAUUCCAAACAGACAAAAACAGAUAAACAAACAAGCCCCCAACCCUUCUCUCCCUUCCACUGUUAAAGACCCUUUUAAGCAUGUGAUGUUUUAGCAUGGUACCUGCUGUUUUGUUUUUAUUUUUAAGGCCAUUUGGGGAGGGUUAUUUAUUUUUUAAGGGGAAAAAAAAAGCUGCAAGAAUUAUAUAUUGCAAGGCACGAUGGUCUGUCUGGUUUGGGGGAAUUUCAGGAGAAAUGAGGAAAAGAAAAAAGGAAAGGGAGAUUUUUAAGCCAAUUCUCCUCCUCCUCCUCCUCCACCUCCUCCUCCUCCGCGCCCCCCCCCCCCCUUUCCUUAGGCCUUUUGCAUUGAAAAUGCACCAGGGGAGGUUAGUGAGGGGGAAGUCAUUUUAAGGAGAACAAAGCUAUGAAGUUCUUUUGUAUUAUUGUUGGGGGGGGGUGGAAGGAGGGGGGAGGACAGAAGACAAAGCUAAAUGCAUCUGGAGAGCCUCUCAGAGCUGUUCAGUUUAAGGAGCCAAAAGAAAAUCAAAAUGAACUUUCAGUUCAGAGAGGCAGUCUAUAGGUAGAAUCUCCCUGUCGCCCCUCCCAACAUUCCCAUCAUGGUUAUUGUGUUUUUGGACUGAAUUUACUUGAUUAUUGUAAAACUUGCAAUAAAGAAUUUUAGUGUCGAUGUGAAAUGCCCCGUGAUCAAUAAUAAACCAGUGGCUGUGAA